UCGCGACUCCUAAAUUCACAAAAACCUCAAGCUUAGCUAUCAUCAAUCUUCCUACAGCACACUUAAACAGGUAAUUAAAAUUCAGAAGCAAGCAGACCUUAGUGAAUCAGAAAAUCAGCCAUGGCAACUUCUCUACUAUCUCAACUUUCAGCUCCAACUCCAGAACUAACAAAUCACUCAACUGGGUUACUGCAAAAAUCCUCUCUUUUUCUUUCAAACAGCAAGGUUUUCUUCAUACCCAAUUCAAGAAAGCAAAGAUCAGUUCAACAAAGAUGUUAUAAAUCCCCUUCUGCAUCUGGGAAUUCUAUGGACCAUAUUCCCAAGCAGUUUAGACAAGAAAAUCUCAAGGAUGGAUUGAUGGAAAAUUACAAAAAUGUACCACGACAUCUUUAUGGUCUUACUCCUUCACAACUGGACAUGUUCAUGACUGAAGAUAAUCCAGUUCGUAGACAGUCAGAAAGUGUUACAGAGGAAAGCAUCUCUUCGAGGAAUAACUAUUUGGAACACGGGGGAAUGUACAGUGUAUCAGGCAUGAUGGAUAGGGGUCCUUCAAAAUAUAGUAUGAGUGUGAGUAUGUACCGUGGAGGAGGCAGAGGAUAUGGGAGACCAAGAAGUGCUCCUCCUGAUUUGCCGUCAUUGCUCUUGGAUGCUCGGAUAUGUUAUCUGGGAAUGCCUAUUGUACCAGCAGUCACUGAGCUUCUUGUUGCUCAGUUUAUGUAUUUGGAUUACGAUGACUCAUCAAAGCCUAUAUACUUAUACAUAAACUCAUCUGGGACGCAGAACGAGAAGAUGGAAACUGUUGGUUCUGAGACAGAGGCAUAUGCUAUUGCUGAUGCCAUGUUUUACUGCAAAUCAACUGUCUAUACUGUAAAUUGCGGCAUGGCAUAUGGUCAGGCAGGAAUGCUUCUCUCUCUAGGAGCCAAGGGUUAUCGUGCUUUGCAGCCAAAUGCGUCCACAAAAUUGUAUCUGCCAAAAGUUAACAGAUCAAGUGGAGCUGUUAUAGAUAUGUGGAUUAAGGCCAAGGAACUUGAUGCAAAUACCGAGUAUUAUAUUGAUCUAUUAGCAAAAGGAACUGGGAAGACUAAGGAAGAAAUUAAUAAAGAUAUACAGCGACCUAAAUAUUUCAACUCAAAAGAAGCUAUAGAAUAUGGCCUUGCAGAUAAGAUAGUCGACUCAAGUGAUGAUGCAUUCGAGAAACGGGAUUAUGAUGCAUUGCUUGCUCAAUCCAAAGCAAUGAGAGCAGCAGCUGCGGGUCCAAGAGCAGCUCCUUCAGGAUUUAGGUAAUUACAUAGUAUAAGGACAAACAGCACCAAAAGUAUAAGGGAGGUUUAUGCAGUUGAUGGUGGAGCGAGUUUCCAUGACUUGGUAGACAAUGAUCAGUGUCCUUGUUUCUAAGUGAUAUGCAAUUUGUAUCUUUGGGGAGAGGGCUACGGAAAAGAAAAAGGUUUCAUCUUUCCUGCUAAAUAUUGAAUGCAAAGCUGCUAGCACCUCAAAACUCGUGGUUUUUGGAUACUCUGAUUCUCUUUGAUGAUUGUUGCUGCUCUUUUUUUUUUUUUUCCAUGCUGUAAUAUCCAAUUUCUUUGUUGAAAAUGGAAGUAUUGGUAGAUAAAAGGUCGACUAUAUGCUCACUGCAUUUCCUUCUGAUUUUGCUUUUUUUUAAGGAAGUGACAAUCUUAAGGAAAGUGAGGUGAUUAAUUUGCUUCA